AUGGCUGUGUUCCCAAUGCUCUGCGCACUGCUCUGCCCCCACCUUGCACUGCCCACACUUGCCGUGCACUCAGACCCACCAGAGAACCCCAUGGGGCUACUGGAGUCCAUCAUCGGCCUGAGCUCCUUCUUCCUGGCCUUCCUGGUGCUGGUGGGCUGGAUCCUAGCCAGCCUGGAGAGCUAUAAGAGGCACGACUGA